CCACCGUCUCUUACACUCUUCGAGUCUUCCCCCAAAUCCACAAGCCAAGAAGAUCAUCGUGGGGAGCAGUCUCACCUCGCACGCGGACGGCGAGGCCGGCGCCACUCCCGCACUUUUCCCCACCGCCCGUCCCCAACCCAAAAACCACAACUUCCCACCAGAAAUCAACCCAUGGCCGCCGCCGUCCGGAGAAACGUCGCGCCCGCGCCUGCCGGAGCCGGCCGUCUCCACCACGCAUUGAUGGUGUAGGGAGGGCUGUUUGGAGAGGGGGAGGUAAGUAGCAGAGCGAAUGGGGGCGAUUGGAGGUGACGAGUCGGUGCAGUGGGACAACAUGAAUGGAGCUGACGCGGUGAACGGCGGUGGAAGCGGCGCGGGGAGGCUCGAUAGGAUACAGGUGCUAGUGAGGGUGAGACCGCUGAGUGAGAAGGAGAUCGCAAGGGGCGAGCCUGCGGAGUGGGAGUGCAUCAAUGACACCACCAUCAUGUUCCGGAGCACCUUCCCCGAUCGACCCACUGCUCCAACCGCAUACACGUUUGACAGGGUAUUUCAUUCUGAAUGCAAUACCAAAGAAGUCUACGAGGAAGGGGUUAAGGAAGUUGCCCUCUCUGUAGUUAGUGGCAUUAACUCAAGUGUUUUUGCCUACGGACAAACAAGUAGUGGAAAGACGUACACUAUGACUGGAGUGACAGAAUGCACAGUAGCAGAUAUAUAUGAUUACAUUAACAAGCAUGAAGAAAGAGCAUUUGUGUUGAAAUUCUCGGCAAUUGAAAUAUAUAACGAAGUCCUCAGGGAUCUUCUGAGCGCAGAAAAUACUCCUCUUAGACUUUGGGAUGAUGCAGAGAAAGGCACCUAUGUGGAGAAUCUAACAGAGGUUAUAUUAAGGGACUGGAACCACCUCAAGGGUCUUACUGCUGUGUGUGAAGCUCAAAGAAAGACAGGGGAGACCUUCUUAAAUGAGAAAAGCUCCAGAUCCCAUCAAAUUCUUAAAUUGACUGUUGAAAGUUCUGCUCGUGAAUUCUUAGGGAAGGACAAGUCAACUACCCUUAUGGCUAGUGUGAGCUUUAUUGAUCUGGCGGGAAGUGAGCGUGCAUCUCAGGCGAUGUCAGCUGGCACGAGGCUGAAAGAAGGAUGCCAUAUCAAUAAAAGUUUGCUUUCCCUUGGCACUGUCAUUAGGAAGCUAAGCAUGGGGAGUAAUGCACACAUACCGUAUAGAGAUUCCAAGCUUACACGUAUAUUACAGCCAUCUUUGGGAGGUAAUGCAAGAACUGCAAUUAUAUGUACGCUCAGCCCUGCGACAAGUCACAUUGAACAAUCAAGAAAUACACUGUUCUUUGGGAGCUGUGCAAAGGAUGUAGCCACAAAUGCUCAGGUUAAUGUGGUCAUGUCUGAUAAAACACUAGUUAAGCAAUUGCAAAAAGAAGUUGCUAGAUUGGAGAGUGAGUUGCGGCACCCAGUUUCCAGUUCCAGCCUGGAAGCACAAGUGAAAGAAAAAGACAACCAAAUCAGAAAGAUGGAAAAAGAAAUUAAAGAACUGAAGUCACAACGUGAUCUGGCUGAGUCUAGGUUGCAGGAUUUGCUGCAGGUUGUUGGCGAUCGUGAACCAAAGCACAAGGUAUCAGGAAAGCGAUCAGUCAGAAGUCCUCCAUCUGUUGGAAUGCCCCCAAGCAUGAGCAGAGAUGACAGUUCUCAGAUAUCUCAUGAUGAUUCAGAUCAUUACAAGGAAGUGCGGUGUAUUGAGACCAAUGGAACUCAAGGAAAUGAAUGCUUGUCUUUAUCAGCUGGUGAAAGUACCAGCCCACGAGAUUCAAACAGGAAUUCUAGCAGGCGUGGUAAUGAUUUAAACGCGUCAGUGAAUUCAAGGCCCCUUGGUGAAACUCCCAUUACCUUGGAGCAACAUUUGGAGAACAUCAGAAGGCCUUUUAUCAGUAAAGAUCUAGGAUCUUCAGUGCGCAACUCAUCGAGCUGUAGAGUAAUUGGUAGAAGCAGGAGCUGUAGAUCACUAACAGGGUCUACUCUACUUGAUGAUCUGGAGAUGGAGGAUUGCACACCAGUAAACAGAAGCUUGGUGAUCUUCCCAGGAAGACCUGAAGAGUAUCAUAGAAGAGGAUCGGCAUUAAACUACGAUGCAGGGAGUGAAACUCUUUCAAGGGCAGGGUCCAUGCUUUCUGAAAUGAGCACAUCGAAGGGUGAAACCAAGGCGAAUAGUUCUGCUGCAGGUGAUGCAGAAUUUACCGGUAUAGGUGAAUUCGUUGCUGAACUUAAGGAGAUGGCUCAGGUUCAUUAUAAGAAACAGUUAGGUGACCAGAGUGCAAAUGGAAAGAGCAUUGGAUUAGACCCGAUCAUGGAUGCCUUGCAAUCACCUUCUCGAUGGCCAUUGGAAUUUGAGAAGAAACAGCAACAGAUCAUCGAGCUUUGGCACGCUUGCAGUAUUUCCUUGGUCCACAGGACAUACUUCUUUUUGCUAUUCAAAGGAGAAUCAGCCGACUCCAUCUACAUGGAAGUGGAGCUUCGGAGGCUAUCCUUCCUUAGAGAUACUUUCUCUAAGGGCAGCACUCCCAGCAAUGUGAUCGUAGGCAGCCUCAGUUCUUCCCCUGUUGCGAGCGCCAAGAAGCUGCAACGAGAGAGGGAGAUGCUUGCCAGGCAGAUGCAGAAGCGAUUCUCGGUGGAGGAAAGGAACCACAUGUACACGAAAUGGAGUGUCUCACUGGACUCCAAGAAGAGGAAGCUGCAGGUCGCUCGCCGCCUCUGGACCGAGACGAAAGACCUGGAGCAUGUCAGAGAGAGCGCGUCCCUUGUCGCCAGGCUGAUCGGGCUCCAGGAGCCAGGGCAGGUCCUCAGGGAGAUGUUCGGGCUCAGCUUCGCGCCGCAGCAGCCUCCGACCCGGCGAUCCUCGAACGGGUGGAGAUACGGGAUCGCUUCGUUUAGUUGAUUUGAUCCAUGACACGGGACAAGAUGACAGGAUGAUGGGGCUGACCGAAGAUGAUCUUUUUCUUAUUCUUCUGAUUUUGUGUUGGUGAUGCCUGAUUGUCCAUAUGAUAUCAGGACAGAUACAUGCAGGCGUCCCCCGUGCAUGUACGGCCGGUUUCGAGCGUGAUUUAUUUGCAGCCGCUGCCGGUCUUGAUUGCUAACAUUAACGUGCCACUGCAGAUCCAAACGCUCUUGUAUAACGUGUGCUUGCCAUUACCACGAUUU